AUGAGUGAGCCGCCCGCUGAGGCAUGCAACACUCGGCCUCGCCAGCCCGCAUACAGCGGGUGGCUUGAUAUCCUGGCAUUCAUAGUGGCGCUCGUCAGCAUUGCCAUCUCAGUCUAUGCCACUGGAAUCGACUCUCGCUGCUUCUCCCUCCGCCCUGGCUGUCAAGACAAAGAAACCGCCGUAACGGAGAGGUUCCCUACGGAUAUGGCCUCUUCCAUCUCGUGUCCCUUACAGGUUCAAUGUACACGGCUAUGA